AUGUAUAUGUUCACAUACCCAGACCAGAGCCUCCUCCACGCCUGUGGGGAGAGCGGCAGAGUCACCUCUGCCCUAGGAUGGACGCGUGGCCUCGGAACCACGGCCAUCCGCGCCGGGACCAGGCCUGCGGAGAGCCGGAGCGGCCCCACGGAGGACCAGGUGGAGAUCCUGGAGUACAACUUCAACAAGGUCAACAAGCACCCAGACCCCACCACGCUGGGCCUCAUCGCGGCCGGAGCCGGCCUUUCGGAGGAGGAGACCCAGAAAUGGUUUAAGGAGCAUCUGGCCCAGUGGCGGCGGUCUGCAGACCUGCCCUCGGAGUGUAGAUCUGUCACCGACUAGGGAGAUGG